AGUUUCUCAGGCCGCGGUUGCUGGCUGCCAGACGGCCCGAGGGCAAUGGCUUACCCGAAGCCGUGGUGUUCGAGCUACUCGCCCCUAUCGAGAGCACAGCCACAGCGGACGCCUUCUGAGAUGGACCAAAACGGCUCAUUUACCCAAGAAGCCAAGAGCAUCCUGAAAUGUAAGCUUUCUCAGAAACGGAAGACACUGCCUCAGUUCUCCAUAGGCAGCCACCUGUCCCCAUGGCCCAUGCACAUCUACGGCCGGACCAUUUUGCCAAACCGAAAGCCCUGUUCAGUGGACUACCAGAAGCUAGCGAGUGCCCAGAAGGAAGAGCCCUUGAACAUGACCAAGCCAAGGUACCUGGAGCAGCUGGAAAACCACCUGCGUAAGGAGCUCCUCCUGCUGGACCUGUGCUCGGACUCCACUCAGGAGCUGAGGCUGCAGCCUUACCGAGAGAUCUUUGAGUUCUUCAUAGAGGACUUCAAAACGUACAAGCCGCUGCUGUCCUCCAUCAAGAACGCAUAUGAGGUGACCCUGGCCUACCAGCGGGAGACCAUUCGGGCCCUGGAGCCCCUGAGGGCCAGGCUGGUCACCGUGAAGGAGGACUGCAACGAGAAGCUGCUGGCCAUGCGGGCCGUGGAGAGGCACGAAGUCUCCGUGCUCAAGAAUGAGAAGAUGCACUUGCUCAAGCUGAUCGACAAGAAGAAUGAGGAGAAGGUCUCGCUGCAGAGUGAGGUGGCCAAGCUGAGGAAGAACUUGGCUGAGGAAUACCUGCAUUACCUCACUGAGCGAGAUGCCCGCAAGAUCCUCCUCGCGGACCUGAACGAGCUCCGCUAUCAGAGGGAGGACAUGUCACUAGCCCAGUCCCCAGGGAUCUGGGGGGAGGACCCCGUGAAGUUGACGCUGGCCCUGAAGAUGACCCGGCAAGACCUCACGCGCACACAGAUGGAGCUCAACACCAUGAAGGCCAACUUCGGCGACGUGGUGCCCAGAAGGGACUUUGAAAUGCAGGAGAAGACCAACAAGGAUCUGCAGGAGCAACUGGAGAGCCUGCAGGCGGACUACGAUGAGGUCUGCAAGGAACACGAGAUCCUGCUGCAGCUGCACAUGAGCACGCUGAAGGAGCGGGACCAGUUCCACGCUGAGCUGCAGGACAUCCAGCAGACCUCCACGCCAAGGCCCGACUGGACCAAGUGCGAAGGCGUGGUGGCUGGGGGCACAGAUCGCUGGAAGAUGCUGGCCGCAGGCAAGAACAGUGACCAGCUGGUGGACGUGCUGCUGGAAGAGAUUGGCGAAGGGCUACUGCGGGAGAAAGCCUACUUCCCUGGCCUGGGCUACGGGGAAGCCAUCCCCGCUUUCCUCCGGUUUGAUGGCAUCGUGGAGAACAAGAAGCCGACCAAGAUGGAGGUGGUAAACCUUCUCCAAGACGUCUGGAAAGAACGCCUUGCUGAGGAGCAGAAAGAGAAGUUUGCUGAUUUCUUCUUCAACUUCCUGGAGCGCCGCUUCGGGCCUAGUGAAGCCAUGGCCUGGGCCUACACCAUUUUUGAAAACAUCAAGCUCUUCCGCUCCAACGAGGUCAUGAGUCAGUUUUAUGCAGUUUUGAUGGGAAAGAUGAAGGAGAGUGUGUACAUCUACCAGAAGGAGACCAUAGCCCAGCUGCAGAGGGAGAUGGCAAGUGCCGACAGCCAGAACGAGGGACUCCUGUCCAUGGAAAAUUUCAGCUCCAUCCUGCGGAGCACCUUCCCCCUCAAGAAGGAAGAGCAGAUCCAGGAGCUGAUGGAGGCUGGGGGCUGGAACCCCAACUGCAGCAACGCCGACCUGUUCAAAUACCAGGCCCUGUUUAAGGAGGAUGAAGAGGGCCAGAGCGAGCCCUUUGUCCAGAAGGUGUGGGAGCAGUAUGUGGAUGAGAAGGAGACCUACUUGCAGGAGCUGAAGCAGGAGCUGGGUCCUGAAAUCCUGGAGGUCACCCCAGGCAGACUCCGGGAGGCACUGGGGACGAUCGACCCCAGUCUGGACGCGCAGACCCUGAGCACCUACGUCAGCCAGGCCUUCCAGGUCCCCGUGACAGAACUGCCCAUGGAGGGCGACAACGAGAACGAGCAGGGCCUGAAGACGCAGCUGGAGACAGUGAUGAGCCGGCUUUGGGUGUCUGACAUCCGGCGGGCGGGGCCACGCACGGAGCCAGAGCCUGCCAUCUAGGGCCCUCAGACCCC